CGCUCAGCUGCGUCCAUUAGCUUAACAGGAGCGAAUUCAACAUCACUGAAUUGGACCGCUCUGAACAGAAGGGCUGAAGGUGUGGGCUCUGGUUCCGGUUCUGGUUCCGGUUCUGGUUCGAUGGGGGCUCACGGGAUGUUGGGGAACGAACCGGAGGCCUUAGACUACUCCGUCCAUGAAGCCUGGAACGAAGCCACCAAUGUGUACCUGCUGGUGAUCCUGGUCAGCUUCGGCCUGCUCAUGUACGCCCGGAAAAACAAGAGGAAGAUCAUGCGUAUCUUCGCCCUGCCUCCAACCGUCGGCACCAACCCAGAGCCCAACUUCUACGACAGCCUGCAGAAGGUCCGUCUGCGGCAGCAGCUGGAGAUGUACUCUCUGGCCCGGAAGUUUGAGCAGCAGCAGCAGCAGCAGCAGCAGCAGCAGCAGCAGCAGGUGCUGGGUCAGACGGACAGCGUCCAGCUCUCUAUGGAAUGAGGAGGAGGAGCUCACACAUUCCUUUGUGCCACAUUGAACCGCUGUGUGUCCUUUAACCCUGUACACACAGACAGGAAAGGACCUGGAACCAACCAGCGCUUAGAGAGGUCACAACAACUGCCACUCAUCUGUUCCCGUACGGUGUGGAGAAAGACUGAGAGCUUUGAGCAUCUGUUGGAUGAACUGGACUGAGUUCAGAACAGCCAGAAUUCAAACUGGACGACUGUGAGGUCAGCCGAGCUGAGGAGAGGAACGUGCAUCAGGUGGACCCACGUCCUCCAAACGUAGAAGUUAUUUGUUGUUGUUGUUUUAGUGUUUGACAUGAUCUAAAUAAACUGUGAUGUCAA